GCGCGCAUCGCAGCUGUCAAACACGCACGGGCUGGCCCGCGCCGCACCGCUGUCCACUCGUAUCCUUGGUGACUAGCCAGUGCCUAGCAACCGAUACAACAACACGGCGACAAAAGUGCUGCUGCUGCUGCUGCUGCUUACUCAUUGAGGACACUUGGAGAAUAAGGACAGUUGCAGGAGACACUGAAGCUGGAGCAGGAGAUUGAAGUGUAUCGCUGAAAGGAAGGGUCUCUGCGCAGUGAGAGAGAGUGUAGUCGUGGAGACUGGCCAUGGCAACAGCAGCUCGGUUUGCAAGCAGCACAGCUGGUGGUGGUGGUGGCAGCAACCCGCCUACUCCGGCGCCGGCAACCACGCCGCCAGCGCCAGCAACCACGACGACGCAGCUCAUUGUCCUGCCUGCUGGUUUGCAUCAGAGUGCCACUGCGACGAUUGUGAACGCGAACGGCGUGCCGGUGAUCGACGUGUCGGAGCUGGAACACGGCGGCGAGUCGAGCAACGAGAGCACCGCGACGACGGAGCCCCGCGGCGGCGAGUCGCACGAAUCGGAUCCGCUGGCGCUCGGUGAAGAAUCGCCACAUUUCAUCACUGUGACUGAGGCAACUGCGCGCUCGUACGCUUCGCUAACGCCCGUACAGCCAACCGUAGACGGAGAAAGUGUGGCUUCGCAUCAAAGUUAUCACGUGCAAUAUGUGGAUCCGGAGAUGUAUGCGUCUCAGACAAAUGGUGGCCAAGCACAAAUGGCGUACCCGGUGUACACUGUAGGAGAAUCCGGGACAAUUUACGCUGCAAGUCAAGCGCAAUACUACGCAACAAACGCAACCAACCCUGGCGCAUCCACCACCGUUGGAUAUGCCACUACAGCCGGACAUUAUUUGGUGCAACAGACUGUCGAUGCAGAUGCGCUCAUAGCUUCUUCAAGAAAUUCACCUCAAACUACAAAUGCUGAGACGAGUUAUGUGGCGACAGCCACUGUGCAUGCGACGCCGUCGGCGGUGGGCGAGGAGGUCGGCUCGGCUCUGAGUCACGCCACCAGAGUCUCGCCAGCGACCGUGCAAUGGUUGUUGGAGAAUUAUGAGACAGCCGAAGGUGUUUCACUACCCAGGUCAACACUGUACUCGCAUUAUCUUCGUCACUGCGGAGAGAAUAAACUAGAGCCGGUGAACGCUGCGUCGUUUGGGAAGUUGAUUCGGUCGGUGUUUCUGGGGUUGAGGACGAGAAGGUUGGGCACGAGGGGCAACUCGAAGUAUCAUUACUAUGGGAUAAGGGUAAAGCCAGGCUCGUCGUUGACCUCGGUGGAGGACUCGACUGGGCGGACUAUGCCUGCUGGUGGAGGCGGUGGGGGAAAGUCUUCGACGAGGGGUUAUAAGCGAAGCGCUGAUUCGAUGGAGCAAGGUUUAAAUCCCGGCGUCACUCCACAGCAUUUGAAUUAUUUGGGAGAUGGUAGCAAUGCUAUUCCGCAUUUUCCCGAUAUCAACUUUUCGGCGCCAUUGCCCGAUGAGUGUAGUUAUGAUGAUGUGGAUACUUUAAAAUCAAUUUACCGUGAACAUCUUGAAGCUUUCCUCGACGCCAUUUUGAGUUUAGAAUUUGGCACAAUUGAAUCCCUCUGGCGUGAGUUUUGGCGAUCGCAGGAUAACAACAAUGGCGACGAAUGCGAAGAAGAAAAAUACCUCUCGAAAGCGAAAUUGUUUGCGAUGUGCGCACAGGAACCUAUGCAAGACUUUGUGCGCCAAGUUGACCUCGCUUUCUACCAGAAUCUAAUUCAGGUUCUAGUCCCCGACGUGCUCAAACCGAUUCCAGCGUCGCUCACACAGUCUAUUCGCAAUUUCGCCAAGAGUUUGGAGUCGUGGCUGACGACUGCAAUGACGGGUGCUCCGCCUGGCAUGCUAGCUGUAAAACUGUCAGCGGUUUCAGCUUUCAGUUCUAGUCUGAGACGCUACACAUCGCUUAACCACCUUGCGCAAGCGGCGCGUGCCGUUUUGCACAACAGCACGCAAAUUACUCAAAUGCUAGCGGAUUUAAACCGUGUGGACUUUCAAAGCGUGCGAGAGCAAGCGUCGUGGGUCUGUCAAUGCGAUAAUGAAAUUGUCGCCAGGUUUGAGGCCGAUUUUAAAUUGACGCUGCAACAACAAAAUUCAUUGGAGCAGUGGGCGUCCUGGUUGAAGAAUGUGGUAAAGAGUGCGCUGAAGCCGUACGAAGGGAAGCCUAACUUUUCAAAGGCUGCGCGGCAGUUUUUGUUAAAAUGGAGUUUUUACAGUUCAAUGGUGAUUCGAGAUUUGACACUUCGAUCAGCGGCGAGUUUCGGUUCGUUCCACCUCAUUAGGUUGCUUUAUGACGAGUACAUGUUUUAUUUGAUUGAACAUCAAGUCGCCGAGGCUACAGGAAUUGUUCCAAUCGCAGUGAUGGUCGAAGGAAUUAAGCAGGAUAUUAUGUUGAACAAUAUGAGCGUGUAUGGCAGCGAGGCGAUGUGCAACGGCAACUCGUCGAUGACAGCGAAGCUGGGCUGCGUCAGCCCGUCGGAUCCCACGAAACGCAUGAAGAUCAGCUAGCUGCACGCUGGCAACACCACCAAGUACAUAAUUACAUUUCCCUAGUAUUGUAAGGCGUGUGUUAACAUACAAGAAUUAGCUGUUAGGGACGAUUUGUGUCGAGCGAGAGCUACCCACCGAAGAAAAUAUUUUUCCACGAUAAUUCACACGAUGUUCCUGAUUUUUCUAACGUGUACAAUAUGUAUUUAUUUUAUUUAUUCGACAGUGUGGCGUGAGAGGAACGCACGAGCAGUCAUUCGAAAUUAAUGUUUUUGUUAGAUUUUUAACAUGGUUUGUGCAAUUUUGACUGAAAUCAUAACUUUUCUGUUUUUAAUUCGGUUUUGACUGAUUAUUAUUAUGAUUAUCCGCUUGCAAGUAUGUAUAUUGAGUAUAGAAAUGAUAAGGAUAUAAUGUGUGAUUGUUUGUUAGGUUGUAAGCUUGCAUUGAGUUAAUGAAGGAGUACGCGGAAAACUACUCUUCUAAUGUGAAGAUUGUAUUUGGUGUUUACGAACAAGUUGUGUGUCGCGAUGGUUUGUCAUUUGUAAUUUCACUUUGGUUUGCUUUUAAACCAGAUGCCACGACACGGCACAAAGGAAUUGGUGCCAAACACGUAAACGACUUACGAGAUUUUCUAGGCAUAAAUCACUGCUGGCACAAAUUGCACCCGGUGGCAUCUGGUUUAAAGAGAACAUGUGCCGCGAUGAACGAUGUUUAAAAUGCGUCAACGCUCAAAAGUAUAAUCCAUCCAUUAUAGUCUGUAACUGUAAAUGAUAUUUUGUCACAUAUGAUAAGUAACUAAAUGACAUUAACGUAAGACAUAACAAAAAUACGCAGGGUAUAUUAUAAUUGAAUCAGAUGAGGAGUGUCUCUAAUGCAGGUUCUUAUCAUUCCGAAUCAUUUGCUGCAUUUGGAUUUUUGGAUGACAUUGUCGGUUGAGGAGAAGAUUGGAGAAUUCUCAUAGAGUACAACUAAAUGUUCACUAUAAUUGUAAAAAUAUUGUAAGUGUGUCUUUUGUAUAUGCGAUUUGAGGAUAAGUUCACACACACACGGUCACACCCUGAUUCUAAAUGCAACAAACCUAUACAGGGUCUAUCUAAAACUAGAAAUAUUCACGCAACUGCAGACUGGAAUGAUAUCAAAUCAACGCAACUGAAACUCGCAUGUUUGUACACGUACAUUUGAAACAAAACAAUGAACUAAGAGAACAGAGAACGCAAACAAAAAUUGUGCUGGUAUAUUGCGUUCGUUUCAAACGCACACUUAUAGUGCAUUUAACUACCGGAUGCCUCUUGUACAUUGAAUUAGAGAUAUCAGUAUCAUCAUACAUAAUCUGCGCAUGUAUAAAUAUGAAACAGAGAUGGAAUGUUAUUCCGUAUAUUGCGUAAAUAUAAUAUUUUGUAUUUUACACAUAAAAGCUAAAAAUCACAGAAAUAUUGAAUAUUGCGGACUGCAGAGCACGUUUUUGUGCGGUUUGCGGUCCGACUAGAUAUGGAAGUAGGCAGACAGUGAGUGGACUAUGGAAUAAUUGUAUUGAUAUUUAUUGAUGUGUGUGGUUAUGCAAUUUGCGCAAACGACUCUUGAAAGUUAGUUGUGUGCUUUGCCCCAACGAAAAAACCUAGAUGUGUUGUACGAUAAAUUUGAAUUUGGGAAUCUAUCUUUUGUAUUUUUCAAUGACAGUUUUUCAAUUUUUUGUUAUGGAUUUCGUUACAAGCGAGCACGCAUUUUGUAAUUCUUGUAUUGAUGAUGCUGUAUUUAAAGAUAGCAAGCAACUUGAAACGUGAUUUUGCAAAUUUUACCAAAUACUAUGAUUUCAUUCGGUGCGAUUACAAAUAACGCAACAAUAAAACUAGUCUUGUGUUUAAAUUUA